UCAAGGUUGCAGACUGUCGUCGAAAGGCACCAACAUGGCUGAGAACAAGAAAAUGCGACAAAGGACCAGGGAGGUCUGGGACAGGGCCCGGGAAGUACCUGUUGUCCAGGAUGAACAGAAACCAAGGAAGUUCAUAAGCUUCAUCCAUUUCAUCACCUGCACAUUUGUUGGGCUAAUGGUUUUGGCACUGGCUUUUUUUAGUAAGACUUCCCUGCUACUCUUGAUAACAGCAUCAAACACAGCCUCAAAAGCUGUGUCCACAAAGCCCUACGCACUUCUGUUUCUUGCCUGUUGCACAGUUGCUCCAAGUGUUCUGGCACUGAUUAAAAGCAUUUGGAAAAUGACAUUUAAAAAUUCAAAGACACCUUUGAAAUUAACAAUUUUAUGGGUGUUCUGCAUUGAAACUCUUGUUGCUUUUGGGACCAUGAUUCUCAUCAUUGUAGCAAUGCCCCAUUUCGACAUUAUCACCAACGUGAUGAUCCUGAACAGUGUGGGAAUCCUGUCUGCUGUGCUUCAGCUGGCUGUUAAUUUGGUUACAGGAGCGAGGAAGAAGAUCCUUUUCAUUACCUCCAUUGCUGCGUUCAUCCUGAUAACAGCUGGAUAUGUGCUGUUUGUACUGUUUUACAUUCUAGAAGCAACAAAUUCAAAGAACACAAGCAAAGAAUUCACAAUAUAUAUUUGCCUUGCAAUAGCAGGGGGUAUCUUGGUCUCCCUGAACUGGUGGGAGAACUACAGCAGCAUGUUGAAGACUAACUUCUUGGAAAACCUUGCCAAGGACAUCAAGAGGUGCAGAAAUAUCAUCAACAUCAUCGCUAGUGUGGUGAGAAUUGGAGUCACAGCGAUUGUGUUGGGGGCCUAUGUCAAACUGCAGGGCCUAGAUUGGUCCUCUGUUCUGUCAAUCUCACAGAACUCAAAGACUGUGGUCCUGAGCCUCUUUGCCAUCCAAGUACUUUCUAGUGCCCUCUGCCAGUGGUUUGUGGUAGUGGCCUGCAAAAUGCAUGCAGUGCGGCGGAGCUUUGUCAUUCCCAUGUGGCUGGCUUCCCCUGCUGUUCUUCUGGCUUUUGUGCUCAGUUUUGGAAUCCCUUUUCACAGUCUGGCUGAGCAACACACCCCAGGAAGUUACACUUUUGCCUUGUACUGCCAAAACUUCAUCAGUGUCAACAACUCGGACGUCAUUGCAUUUAAGCAGCUGGCUUCUGAUGUCACCUACUCGCUCUGUGCCCAGAAUACCUUCCUAAAUGGAGACACAAAAGGCUGGGCUCUGCUGGGAAGUUGUGUACUCAGCUGGUGGCUUGGGCUGCUUCUCAGUACCAUCUACAUCUGGUUCCACCCAUACCAGCGCAUCGAGAGGACCAAGGACCUGUUUGUGCGUCGCCUGUAUGAAGGGGCUUUCAUUGACCAGUCCAUGCUACUCAAUUCUCGCUUUGACAUCCCCCUGAAGAAGAAGCAAACCAAGGAAAAGGAAUUUGUGAUGGUCUAUGUGUGUGCCACAAUGUGGCAUGAGACCUACAGUGAAAUGAUGACAAUGCUCAUCUCUUUGUUCAGGCUGGACAAAUUCAGGCCCAGGAGAAGUUCGCAUAAAGAUAUUACGUUUGAGUACCAUUUUUUUUUUGAUGAUGCUUUCGAAGAUGUGGAGGGCAGUGAACAUCGGCGUGUGAAUGACUAUGUAGAGAUGCUGGUGGAAGCCAUCAAGGAAGUCUACAUGAUUUUCAGUAACGAGGACCGAAGCAUCUUCUCAGAACACAAAUUACUUUCUGGCCAGAAAAUCAUGCAGACCCCUUAUGGUGGCCGUCUCAGAUACACACUGCCCCAUGGCAACAUACUGAAUGUUCACCUCAAAGACAAGCAGCUGAUCCGCCACAAAAAGCGAUGGUCUCAGAUUAUGUACCUGUACUACCUCUUGGGGUGGAAAAUGAGCAGGAAGUAUUUCCAGAGGUUUGAGGACGGGGAAGCGAAAAGUAUUCUGGAGGAACAUUUGCAGAAGGAAAAGGGGAACACCUACAUUCUGGCUCUGGAUGGAGACAUUGAUUUCCAGCCUUCAUCUGUGAUGCUUCUGGUGGAUCGCCUCAGGCUGUACCCUGAGGUAGGAGCGGCCUGUGGCAGGAUUCAUCCCUCCGGAGCUGGGCCCAUGGUAUGGUAUCAGAAGUUUGAGUACGCUGUGGGGCACUGGAUGCAGAAGGCGGCAGAACAUGUGUUUGGCUGUGUGCUCUGCAGUCCUGGCUGUUUCAGCCUGUUCCGGGCGGCUGCACUCAUGGACGAUAAUGUGAUGAAGAGAUACACCACUGUUGCAACAGAAGCCAGCCACUAUGUGCAGUAUGACCAAGGAGAGGACCGCUGGCUAUCCACUCUCCUGCUGCAGCAGGGAUGGAGGAUUGAGUACAAUGCAGCCUCUGACUCCUACACCAAUGCCCCUCAGGAAUUCAGGGAGUUCUACAACCAGAGACGGCGCUGGGGGCCAUCAACCCUCGCCAACACCAUUGACUUACUUGGUACUGGAACCCUGACCUCAAACAAAAACAAAUCAAUUUCCAAACCAUACAUCCUCUAUCAGCUCUUAAAUGUAAUGUCUACAGUCCUGAGCCCAGCCACUGUUUGCUUUAUGAUUGCAGGGAGCUUCAUAUUUGUAUUCUCCAUUGAUGCCAAUAUUAGUCUGAUUCUGGCAAUCCUUCCACCUGCAAUAUACCUGUUCCUGUGCUUCAAGCUAAAGUCUGAUACCCAAAUCACCAUCGCUGCUGUAAUGAGUGUGUUGUAUGCUUUCCUCAUGUUAGCAACACUGUUAUCUGUUGUUGGGUACUUGAUAGUGCUGAAAACCUUCCUGACCCCCAGUGGCAUUUUCGUCAUCUUCAUUGUGCUGAUGUACUUCAUCGCGGCCCUACUGCACCCUCAGGAGACCCAGCUAUUGGUCUACGGCCUUGUUUAUGCCAUCAGCAUCCCAAGUGGGUACCUGCUGCUGCCCAUCUACUCUAUGGUCAACAUGUACAAUGUGUCGUGGGGAACCCGCGAGAGCGGCAGUAGCAAACCCAAGGAUGAGGCCACCCAGACUUCCCGGAAGCAUGUGAAGUUUGAUAAGACCUGCAAAUGCUGCUGCUGGAAUGUAACGUGUCAGAUAGAUAAAGAUGAGAUAGUGCUCACCCAGAAGGCCAUAGAGGCCCACAGUCCAACAAUCUUUGAAUUGGAGGAACUUCCUGAUAAGGAAGAUUGGGAAGAAAAAUCGUCUGAGCUAAACUGGAUGAGACAGCUGAGCGAGAAGUCCACUGAGAUCCCUCUAAUUGAGGACAUCCUUGAUCAUGAUGAAGAGCUGUUCUGGAUAAACCUGCAAGAGCGAUAUUUAAAGCCUAUUGAUGAAGACAAGGAAAAGCAGAAGCAAAUUUCUGAAGAUCUCAAAGACCUCAGAAAUAAAGUGACUUUUGUCUUUUUCAUCUGCAACGCUCUAUGGAUUGUGGCUACAUUUUUUCUUCAGAAGAUCGGUAUAGCAGUCUCCAUUGAAAUCCCCACGCAGCUACCUAAUGGGACAGUAUUACCCAACCAAAAGAUCUACAUUGACCCAAUUGGAUUGAUGUUCCUCCUGGGCUUCGCAACCCUUCUGAUCAUACAGUUUGUAGGAAUGAUUUGGCACAGAAUCCAGACACUAAUUCACUACAUAGCCUACAAUGGGACCCAAGCCAAGGUUAAUCACAUGGAAUUCAGAAGGCUAGUGAAUGAAACCCUUGAGGAAAAGAAUUUCCUGUAAGAAAAUUUUUAUGCUACACCAAUCCUUUGGAGAGAAGACGGCGAGGAGGAGAUGGAGCUGUAAAGCAGCAAUACAUUUUGCUUUCUGACAAAUAUGUGGUCUUAUAAAGGAGAUGAGAAUUUUGGGACAAAGUGCAAUAAUUAUGUGUUUGAUUCCUUGCAUAUGCGCUUCCCUUGUCUGUAAUCAAUACUGGCUGGUGAUACUUGUACUUUAUUUAGGUUUUUUACAGUUAAUAUUAUAAAAGAAAAUCUUCCUUCCUUUCCAUCCUGUAUCUUGAGUUUGUGCAUUUUAAAAUGUGCAACUGUAUUUAACUGUAUUUCUAAAAAAAACAAUGUGCACUGCAACAUAUGGAUAAAUGGCAAUUACAAAGUCUGAACUAAUAAUAAUAAUAAUAAUAAUAAUAAUAAUACACUUCCAGCCUCUUUCCUAGUACACACUGGGAUGGGCUCCAACAAAACCUGUGACCCUGACCGGGAUAAGCAGGUAUAGAUAAUGGAUGGAUAAUUAUAAACUCACUGAUGCCGAUACUGUUCACAAAAACUCACUGUGAAUCUGGAAUCAAGGAAAAUGAUACAUUAAAUGUAUAAAUGUGUUCUGUUUUGUUGUUGAAUGAUUGUUACUGGCAUAUCUAACAAAUUGAUAAUGUCACUGUAUCUGACAAAAUCCAACUGUAAAUAAAAAUAAAUAUUUGUAUUA